CGCCCGCGGGAAGAGUGCGCCUAUAAAGACCGGCGGCCGGGGAUCCGGGCAGUUCCCCGCGCUCCUAGUCUCGGUGUCUCCUGUCUCUGCCAUGGCUCGCACGAAGCAGACCGCCCGCAAGUCCACCGGCGGCAAGGCCCCGCGCAAGCAGCUGGCCACCAAGGCUGCCCGCAAGAGCGCGCCGGCCACGGGCGGCGUGAAGAAGCCGCACCGCUACCGGCCGGGCACCGUGGCGCUGCGCGAGAUCCGGCGCUACCAGAAGUCGACGGAGCUGCUGAUCCGCAAGCUGCCGUUCCAGCGCCUGGUGCGCGAGAUCGCGCAGGACUUCAAGACCGACCUGCGCUUCCAGAGCUCGGCCGUGAUGGCGCUGCAAGAGGCGAGCGAGGCCUACCUGGUGGGGCUGUUCGAGGACACCAACCUGUGCGCCAUCCACGCCAAGCGCGUCACCAUCAUGCCCAAGGACAUCCAGCUGGCCCGCCGCAUCCGCGGGGAGCGGGCCUGGCCGUUAGGGAUGGGGGAUGAAGCAGUGGCGGGGGGUCUAGCCUCCGAAGCCGUACAGGGUGCGGCCCUGGCGCUUGAGCGCGUAGACCACGUCCAUGGCGGUGACGGUCUUGCGCUUAGCGUGCUCGGUGUAGGUGACGGCGUCGCGGAUCACGUUCUCCAGGAACACCUUCAGCACCCCGCGGGUCUCCUCGUAGAUGAGGCCGGAGAUGCGCUUGACACCGCCGCGCCGGGCCAGGCGGCGGAUGGCGGGCUUGGUGAUGCCCUGGAUGUUGUCGCGCAGAACCUUGCGGCGCCAGCAAGCCAAAGUCGCAAAACCAUGGCUCGCACGAAGCAGACCGCGCGCAAGUCCACCGGCGGCAAGGCCCCGCGCAAGCAGCUGGCCACCAAGGCUGCCCGCAAGAGCGCGCCGGCCACGGGCGGCGUGAAGAAGCCGCACCGCUACCGGCCGGGCACCGUGGCGCUGCGCGAGAUCCGGCGCUACCAGAAGUCGACGGAGCUGCUGAUCCGCAAGCUGCCGUUCCAGCGCCUGGUGCGCGAGAUCGCGCAGGACUUCAAGACCGACCUGCGCUUCCAGAGCUCGGCCGUGAUGGCGCUGCAGGAGGCGAGCGAGGCCUACCUGGUGGGGCUCUUCGAGGACACCAACCUGUGCGCCAUCCACGCCAAGCGCGUCACCAUCAUGCCCAAGGACAUCCAGCUGGCCCGCCGCAUCCGCGGGGAGCGGGCCUAGGUUGCGUUUCUAGAAAGUCGACAUUUAAAAAAAAAAGGCUCUUUUCAGAGCCACCUACGUUGUCAUUAAGAGCAGCUGUGUCAGCUUUGAACUGAGGGUCAGGCAAAACCUGAACUUAAUUCCUAGUAUUCCAAGCACAUCCCCAAGUGUGUCAGACCCAACAUCUUAAGAUUGAACC